AUGGCUCCAGAAUCGUCUCGCCGCCGACGGCGUUCAGAUACCGACGAUUCCGACAAUGGCAACGAAUACGGACACGAUUCUGGCUCCCCGAAGCGACAAAGACUUGAUAAAAGCACGAAUCCCAGCCCAGGCGGUGGACAACUUCUCGUGAGAGAAACGAACGGCACUUCAAGUGGGCACGACAUGAACAAUGCCUACCAACCAGGCGCUAUCGUCCGAGUCACUGUAGAGAACUUCGUCACCUACGAAAAGGCCGAAUUUCUUCCAGGGCCACAUCUCAACAUGGUCGUUGGCCCAAACGGCACUGGAAAGAGUUCUUUGGUGUGCGCCAUCUGUCUCGGUUUAGGCUAUAGCCCAAAGCACCUUGGACGUGCUGGUUCUGUCAAAGAAUUUGUCAAGCACGGAAAGGAUACUGCCACAAUAGAAAUUGAACUGCAGAAGCGACCGAAAGACCCCAAGAACUUUGUCAUCAAGGUACAGAUUCGGCGAGAACAGAACAAUCAAAAGUGGUGGUUGAAUGGCAAAGAGUCCAACCACAAAACGGUGCAGAUGUUGAUGCGCAAAUUCAAGAUACAAGUGGACAACUUAUGUCAAUUUCUUCCCCAAGACAGAGUUGUUGAGUUUGCUGCCUGCACACCUGUGGAUCUUCUACGAGAGACACUACGUGCGGCCGCUCCCGAAGAAAUGUUAGCCUGGCAAAAGCAACUCCAGGACCUUGACAAAGACAAGAAAGAGCUAGAACAGUCUACUCAUGCUGACGAGGAGACUUUAAGAAACUUGGAAAACCGACAGCAAGGACUCCAGACAGACGUAGACAGACUCCGAGAGCGUGAGGAGAUCAUAGAGCAGGUCAAUAAUCUCAAGUCGGCCUUGGUUUUCGCCAAAUACAAAGAGGCGCGCACGAGAUUUAAGGACGCCAAGGAACAGAAAAAGCUAGCAGAAAGGUCUCUGGGACGUCUCGAACGCGACGCCGGCCCGUCCUUGGAGGCGGUGAAUGCGAAACAACUUUACGCCCAGCGCAUCGACGAAGCGAUUUCGGGAAGAAGGGCUGCUCUAAAGAACGCAGAGGAUGUCACAAAAAAGCUAGCGCGUGACGCGAGCACAGCAUCAGAGAAGCUCAAAGAGUUUGAGAAUCGCAUUGAAGCCGAGCGCAAGGGAUUUGAUGCUAAAAGAAAAGAGCUCGCUCAGUCGAAAUCGAAGAUCACGUCCUUGCAGGCUGAACUAAGAAGUCGUCCAGAAGAGUUUAAUCCUUCGGACUUUAACCAGAAGAUUCGAGGAGAAGAGCAUGCCUUAAGAGAAUUAGAAGGAGAGCAACGCGAAGUAUCUGGUCAACGUGAUGAUAUCAAGAUCAAGGGCAAAUCACUCAACAACGACAUCCGACAAGUUGAGGAGAGCAUUCAAUCGCUUGAGACUCAACAAGGUCAGCAGCUCAACUUCAUGCGAAAACAUUUCCCCGAUCUGGCCACGGCCUGGGAUUGGAUACAAGACAAUAAGAAGGAAUUCGAAAAGGAGGUUUUCGGCCCACCCAUGAUCAGCUGCUCUAUCAAAGACGACCGAUAUUCAGAUCAAGUCCAGUCUCUCUUACAGGGAGACGAUUUUACUUGUUUUACAGCACAAACAAAGAACGAUUACAAGAAGCUCUCGGAUCAGUUGUAUCGUGUUCAAAGCUUGUCCGUCGUGAUUCGAUCCUGCGCACAGCCACUGGGUGCUUUUCAGCGUCCAGUCAGCAUGGAAGAGGCAAAUGGUUUAGGGCUUGAUGGGUUUGCUGUUGACUUUCUGGAGGGCCCGGAACCCGUUCUGGCAAUGCUAUGUGCCGAGAAGAGACUUCAUCAAUCUGGUGUUUCCUUGCGGGAUCAUAAUGAUGCUCAAUAUGAUCGUCUUGUCCAGAGCGGUAAAGUUAAUUCCUGGGCAGCUGGUAACCAGUCGUUCAUAGUCAGGAGACGUAAAGAGUACGGACCUCAGGCGAUGACGGCUGUCACCAAGAGUAUUCCUCAGGGGAAAUUCUGGACCUCACAACCUGUUGACGGGCAGGAGAAGCAAGAGCUGAACAAGCGCUUGGCUGAAUUGAAUGGCGAGAGAGAAAUCUUCAAAGAGCAAUACCGCGAGUUACAAGCCAAGAUUCAGACAAUUGAGGAUCAAAAGAACAACAGUCAUGAUACCAUUACACGCCUCAAAAUCGAGAAGAAUACUUUGCAAAAAGAAUAUCAAAAAUGGCAGUCUCUGCCCGAAAAGAUCGAAUCGGAGGAACGCUCCAAGGCGGCCCAUGAACAAGCCCUGCGAGACACGCGAAAACGGAUGGUCGAAACUAAGUAUGAGUGGGAUGAAGCGGUUAUUCGCCGAGCUGAGCUAGUUCUUCGUCACAAGGAUGCCAUCGAAAGUAUCCGGCAAGGUUAUCAGGCCCUCCUUGAAGCGGAAAUCCGUGGUAUCGAGGCCCAUUCCGAUGUUGUUGGUCUCAUGGCGCGGAACUCUCAUAUUAUGCAGCGGCUUGACGUCGAGAGAGAGACACUGCGACAAGCCAGUGAAGAUGCCAGUCGAGCCCGAGAAGAAGGCAACCGCCUUUCUGAAGCCGUGCAGCAGAUGAUCGAAAGUGAACCGGAAAAGCGCGACCUCUUCUCCGAGCUCUGUGAAGGGAAAACUUCUGAAGACAUCCAAAUCGACAUUGGGGCUGAGGAGGCGAAACUCGAGUGUAUGCACGUUCCAAAUCCGAACGUGCUACGUGAAUUCAAGAAACGUGCCGAGGAAAUUACUCGGCUGACGCGGAAGAUGUCUGGAUCGACCGACAAGCUCAAUGGGAUAACCCAGGAAAUUGAUGAGUUGAGAUCCAAGUGGGAGCCCCGUCUGGACGAACUGGUUUCCAAGAUCAACGACGCCUUCGCGUACAACUUUGAGCAGAUCAGUUGUGCUGGCGAAGUCCGUGUCCACAAGCCAGAUGAUUUUGAUGCCUGGGCUUUGGACAUUAUGGUCCGUUUCCGUGAAAACGAAACUUUGCAGCAAUUGACUGCGCAUCGUCAAUCGGGUGGUGAACGAGCUGUUUCCACCAUCUUUUUUCUCAUGGCUCUUCAAUCCCUCGCACAGUCACCAUUCCGCGUUGUGGAUGAGAUCAACCAGGGCAUGGACCCUCGCAACGAGCGCAUGGUGCACGAGCGCAUGGUUGAGAUUGCAUGCCGUGAGCACUCGAGUCAGUACUUUCUCAUCACACCAAAGCUUUUGGCGGGCCUCAGAUACGACCCAAAGAUGCGGGUGCUUUGCAUUGCGAGUGGCGAGCACAUGCCUCGAGAAGGUCGCAAGCUUGAUUUCAGGCGAUGCUUGAGGGUUCAAAGGGGGCUCAUGGCAGCCUCCGCGUGA